AUCACAGCGUCUUAGAGAAAAAAGGGUUAGGGUGAGUCCGUGAGUAGCGUUGUGGGAGUCCGGAGGGCGGGGCGGGGCGGGGCGGAGCGGGGCGGGGCCCCGGCAGGUCGCUGAGGUGGGGGUUGGUAGAGGACGCUUCCCGAGGGCGCGCAGAGCGGAGCUGGUGACAGACACGCACGCGCGUGUGCGCUCCCAACUACUGCGCGGCCCCGCGACCCUCGGCGGUCGCUGAGAGGCCCGGCGUCGGCGCCGCAGCCGUCUAGGAUUUCCGUCCAAAGGCGUCCCUGGCGUCCGCAGCCCGAAGCUCCGAGCUCCGGGCCGCGCGUGCUUUUGCCGGCAUCUCCCCCGACCCCCCCGUCGUCAGAGACUGUCCCUUAACUCGUCUUUCCGCACCCACAGCCGGGUCCUCGCGGCCCAUGCUGGCCGCUGGGGACCCAGGCAGCCUAGGUCUGUCUCGGGCCGGCCAGCCGGCCACCAUGGUGGCCCUGAGGCCUGUGCAACUACUGCAGGGGGGCUAAGAGACCCAGAACGCGGGCCUAGGGGUGAGGGGAUCCAAGGCCGGUACCCCGCGCCAUGGCCGGAGCCAUCGCUUCUCGCAUGAGCUUCAGCUCACUCAAGAGGAAGCAGCCCAAGACAUUCACGGUGCGGAUCGUCACCAUGGACGCCGAGAUGGAGUUCAACUGCGAGAUGAAAUGGAAGGGGAAGGACCUGUUUGAUUUGGUGUGCCGGACGCUGGGGCUUCGGGAAACCUGGUUCUUUGGACUGCAGUAUACAAUCAAGGACACGGUGGCCUGGCUCAAAAUGGACAAGAAGGUGUUGGAUCAUGAUGUUUCGAAGGAAGAACCAGUUACCUUUCACUUCCUGGCCAAAUUUUAUCCUGAAAAUGCUGAGGAGGAGCUAGUUCAAGAGAUCACGCAACACUUAUUUUUCUUACAGGUGAAGAAGCAGAUUUUGGAUGAGAAGGUCUACUGCCCUCCCGAGGCGUCCGUGCUCUUGGCGUCAUAUGCUGUCCAGGCCAAGUAUGGCGACUAUGACCCCUCUGUGCACAAGCGGGGAUUUUUAGCCCAAGAGGAAUUGCUUCCGAAAAGGGUGAUAAAUCUCUAUCAGAUGACUCCGGAAAUGUGGGAGGAGAGAAUUACUGCUUGGUAUGCGGAGCACCGGGGCAGAGCCAGGGAUGAAGCUGAAAUGGAGUAUUUGAAGAUAGCUCAGGACCUGGAGAUGUAUGGUGUGAACUACUUUACGAUCCGGAAUAAAAAGGGCACAGAGUUGCUGCUUGGAGUGGAUGCUCUCGGGCUUCAUAUCUAUGACCCUGAGAACAGGCUGACCCCCAAGAUCUCCUUCCCAUGGAAUGAAAUCCGAAACAUCUCCUACAGCGACAAGGAGUUUACUAUUAAACCACUGGAUAAGAAAAUUGAUGUCUUCAAAUUUAACUCCUCAAAGCUUCGUGUUAAUAAGCUGAUUCUUCAGCUAUGUAUUGGGAACCAUGACCUAUUUAUGAGGCGACGGAAAGCUGACUCUUUAGAAGUUCAGCAGAUGAAAGCCCAGGCCAGGGAAGAGAAGGCUAGAAAGCAGAUGGAAAGGCAGCGGCUGGCUCGAGAGAAGCAGAUGCGGGAGGAGGCCGAGCGUUCAAGAGAUGAGUUAGAGAGGAGGCUCCUGCAGAUGAAAGAAGAAGCGACGAUGGCCAAUGAAGCUCUGAUGCGCUCUGAGGAGACAGCUGAUCUGUUGGCUGAAAAGGCUCAGAUCACAGAGGAGGAGGCCAAGCUUUUGGCACAAAAGGCUGCAGAGGCUGAGCAAGAGAUGCAGCGAAUCAAGGCCACGGCCAUUCGGACAGAGGAGGAGAAGCGCCUGAUGGAGCAGAAGGUGCUGGAGGCUGAAGUGCUGGCAUUGAAGAUGGCUGAGGAGUCAGAGAGGAGGGCCAAGGAGGCUGAUCAGUUAAAGCAAGACUUGCAAGAAGCCCGAGAAGCAGAGCGAAGAGCCAAGCAGAAGCUCUUAGAAAUCGCCACCAAGCCCACCUAUCCACCCAUGAACCCAAUCCCACCACCACUGCCUCCUGACAUACCGAGCUUCGACAUGAUUGGUGACAGCUUGUCAUUCGACUUCAAGGAUACGGACAUGAAGCGACUUUCCAUGGAGAUAGAGAAGGAAAAAGUGGAGUACAUGGAGAAGAGCAAGCACCUGCAGGAGCAGCUCAACGAGCUCAAGACGGAGAUCGAGGCCUUGAAACUCAAAGAGCGGGAGACGGCCUUGGACGUCCUGCACAGCGAGACCUCAGACAGAGGUGGCCCCAGCAGCAAGCAUAAUACCAUUAAAAAGCCUCAAGCCCAAGGCAGAAGACCCAUCUGCAUUUGAGUCCUCACAGUAGGCUAUUCCCAGCUCACUCUGCAGAGCGCCAAGUCCCGAGUGGCCUUCUUUGAAGAACUCUAGCAGGUGACCCAGCCACCUCCUGCCACAUCUGCUGCUCCUGACACCAACAGGAUGGGCCUGACCCCAGAGGAACCAUCAGUAGAGGGCUGGCUUGUUUGGGAACUCUUGAGUUGAGGGCCCGUGCCACUCUGACCCUAUAGAGAGAUUUCUCAAUGUGUUCUAGUUCUGGCCUGCAUACCGGCAUAUCUCUCUCUCUCUCUCUCUCUCUCUCUCUCUCUCUCUCUCUCUCUCUCUCUCAUAUAUAUAUAUAUAUAUAAAUAUUUGUUGUGUGUGGGCUGCCAUCCUUCCUGCACCCAAGCACUGUGGUGCAAGUGUCACUGUGCUUGCUGCUGACUUUGGGAAUCAGCUGUGGGAGUCCAGUGUGGAAGCUGACUGAAAUCUACCAUGCAGGUGCUGCCCACUCCCUGACUGGGCUUCUGGUACGGGCCUCCCCUCCACAGCAAGGACUUGGCAUGGGAUAGAAGUGUGGACUGGCUUAGCUCAGAACCAGCAAUGGGGGUUGGGGAUUUAGCUCAGUGGUAGAGCGCUUGCCUAGCAAGCGCAAGGCCCUAGGUUCAGUCCUCAGCUCUGGGAAAGAAAAAAAAAAAAAAAGAACCAGCAAUGAUGGCUCCUUAGCCAGGCUCAUCUGAGGCAGUGUAGCUGUCUGACUGGCAGGACAGCUGUGGCUAGGAA